UAUCUACCUGUUGCUCGAGCGACGAAGGCUGCACGCCCGUAUCUACCUGGCCGGGUACCAAGACCUACUACUCGGGUGGCGACGCGACGUCGCGCACGCAUUCCUCUCUCCUCCCGCGCAGCGGGAUAUUUUUCGUCGGCACGAAGGUGGACGAUAGAUCCGAGCUCCGAUUCGUUCCGCGAGGCGCAACGAACGAACAGCUGCUGUUAUCUCCCUUAUCGCGUGACACGUGUAUAAAGAUAUUUCGAAUUUUUUUUCUGUUCUUUCUGUCGCGCGCGGGUGAUUAAAGUUCCUUUAUUACGCGAUAGUGAUCUCAAUUAUAAAGCGUGGAUCGCAGACGCUCGUCUCAGUUCUGUCCUCGACACAGUGAUAUCUUUACGUGAUUCAAGUGGUUGCGAAAUAUUCAGUAGUUUACCGUUUGACGAUUGAUUUCUUUUUUUUUACCUUUAUACUUGUAUUACGAGGACGAUAUAAACCUGCUUUAAAUGCCCCGCAUUUUGCGAAAGUAUAGUGGAGUCAGCGUCAUUGUGCAAUCUUACCAUGUCACGUGGUCGUGAUACUAUAAUUAUUACGAGGAAACGGAUUUUCUCGAAGAGUGACUAUUUUAUCCGGUUCAAGCGCGUUGCCUGAUAAUUAGCGGAAGUGGACGAGAUAAAUGGCGAUCGUUUUGAAUAAUCGUUGCCGGUGGUCGACACGGAAAAACGAACGAAUUAUUCGAGGCAGAUCAUACGUGACAUACCGAGUGGCGGAGGAAUAAGAACAUCAGCGACUCCGGAGGGUGAAAGACACCGCACUAGCACAGACCUGGUGCCACAGCUACUGAAGAUGUUCGACGAGUUAGCGCGACGCGGCGAUGACUAUGAUGGAGAGCACGUGGUCCUGUCAUCGUCCUGCGGAAUCCCGCCGGCUCUGCAGAAGCGUCUGAGCCUGGUGCCAACCGCCCAUCGAGACUCCAUACUCGGUCAGUUCCGCACUGGCGACUUAACAAAGCCUACGCACCAGCGGGACAACUCGAAGAGCAAGGAAGAAGAAAGCCAGUACGUCGAAAUCGCGGACGUCACCGGUACCGAUAACACCAUGCUGGUGGAAACGGUAGCGUCCUUACCGGAAGACGGGGAACGUAACGGGGAAGUCACCGAGAAGCCGAUGUACGAGAGACGAGAGAGCAACGGUCUUAUCCCGCUCAGGUACAACAGACGACGUAGGAACGGCACGGGGAGACCGCACUCCGGAAGCUCCAUCGCGUCCAGCACGUCCUCCAGUAGCUGCAGCAAUCAGGGCAACACCUGCGCCGCGAAUCCAUAUUUGGCGUCGGUCGAGUCUCUCGCCGACACCUGCGCCAGUUCGCAGGGUUCCGCGGACAGCGGAGUCGCGACUGUUUCGGAAGCCAGUUGUAGAAUCUUGAACGGCGACAAUGGACAGAGGAGGGACAGCGCCGAAGAGAGCCCCGUGUGCCACAGACCUCGCUAUUGCGACCCUCAUCGCAACCCCGUCGAGAGGGUACUGCUAGAGAUCGUGGACACGGAAGCGAUAUACGUCGAGCAUCUGCGUCAGGUCAUUCAGGGUUACCUGAUAUUCUGGCGGGACGAUCCGCCGUCGUUCGCGCGCCAAUUGCAUCUCGGCGAUCUGUUCAGCAAUAUCGAGGACAUUUUCGUAUUUAAUAGAGAAUUAUUGAGAGACAUCGAGAGAUGCGGUUUGGAUCCUGUUUGCGUGGCGAAUACGUUCAUCAAGCAUAAUACGGGAUUCAAAGUUUACACCGAGUAUUGUACCAAUUAUCCCAGAACGGUUUCCGUGCUGACUGAUUUGAUGGGCCGGGAGGAAACCGCGUCCGCCUUUCGCGAACGGCAAGCGGCUCUGGGGCAUGCGUUGCCACUCGGGUCGUUUCUCUUGAAGCCGGUUCAGAGGAUCCUCAAGUAUCACCUGCUUUUAGAGAAUUUGUCGAAGGAAUACGGCGCUGAUUGUAAUUCGAGAGAGAAUGAGGCUGACGAAGGCAUGAGCGCCAUCGAGGCUGCUCUCGCCGCGAUGACUGGUAUAGCGAAGCAUAUCAAUGCCAUGAAGAGGCGACACGAGCACGCCGUACGUGUUCAAGAAAUUCAAUCGCUUCUGUACGGUUGGCCGGGACCAGACCUGACUACGAGCGGCGAAUUGGUCGCGGAGGGUCGAUUCAGGAUGCGCGGGGCUAAAGCACCGCGACAUGCCUUCCUCUUUGAUCGUAUGCUUCUUUUGACAAAAAAAAAGGAGGAUGGUCUUCUUGUUUACAAAGCUCAUAUCAUGUGUUCAAAUUUAAUGCUGAUUGAAAGUAUUCCGGGGGAACCAUCCAGCUUUCAUGUGAUACCUUUUGAUAAUCCUCGGUUGCAAUAUACGUUACAAGCACGCAAUCUAGAACAAAAGAGAGAAUGGACCUUACAAAUAAAGAGAGUGAUAUUAGAGAAUUAUAACGCGGUUAUACCGUCGCACGCGCGACAAUUAGUUCUGCAAUUGGGUCAAACGCAACAAGAAGACGACGCGUUGACGGAUAAAGGAUCAGCGAAGAAACACUCCGCGCCUCCGGAAUAUCUGGAGAAACGUAAGCAGGAGAGGGAAAGACGUAGGUCCGAGACUGGUUUGAGACAAAAGCUGAAAAAGGGUGUCAGAAAAUCUGAUAUUACAAUGGAGGGUUCAUCUGUGUCAUCGCGCAAAGAUGACAACGAAGAUGUUGCCGUUAAUGACUCCAAGGAGCAAACUCUUAAUAGGUCAUCGGAUAUACGCGUUUCAAAAGUCAAGGAUCGCUUCACCGGCUGGAGACGAAAAUCUGAGCCAGGCUUCCAAUCGUACGUGUCUCUCAAUCACUCAGACGAGGAACAAAAGACAGACAUUACUGGCGAUGCUCAAUCUACAACAACCAAGAUCGAAGAAACAGUCAAAACUUCUGCCGAGAAAGAGACUCAAAUGACAAACUCAUCGUCGCCGAGCGAAGCCAAAGAUAAUAAUAAUGAACAGCAGCAUACCACUCCUCCACAAACAGUGGAGGAAAUCGUCGGUCAUAUUCUCAUGCAGAAUCAAGAAUUCCAGAGAUUGUUGGAGAAACAACGAAUUAACAGUAUCAUCAAUGUGCGACAGCAAAGAUUCAAUAAACGUAUUUCGGCGGACACGUCAGACGAAAGCGAUUCGGAGAAUGCUAAUUAUAUCAGCUCGAGUAAUCACAACAACAAUAGAUUGGGACGCAAUCGGGUGACGCAUCGGGAACAGCGACUGAACAGGACGAACAACGCAUGGAAUUCAUUGUCCUCGGCAACUGCAGCGCGGGAGAAUCAGCAACCGUUGCAGCUUUUUUACGACAACCUGAAGACCGCUCAAAACUCAAUGGAAACGAUAACGCAGAAUGAGAAUACAAAUCACGUGCACGAGAAGCGAACGACCUUUGAGACGUUCAAGCGACAGAGUAUUGUCACUGAUAGUAAAGUGAUCAAGACGGCGUUGCGUAUCCGUGAUAAUUCGACAUCGAUGGCUAGUGAGAAGAUCCUCGUAUCGUCCCCAUGCAUGUUAAAUCACCGAACGUCCGAGCGCAAGGAUGUCAAUUCUAUCGUAAUGACGGAACGUAUCGAAAAAGACGGGUCUGAACGAUGCAAAGGUGAAAGGAGCGAUGCGAACGAUGCGGAAGAAGCCGAGUCCAAGGGUUUCGGCAACUACGAUAAUCUGCAGCACGUUUGGGAGGGCCUGCAGACAGCGAAGAACGUCGACGACGGCAACGAUAGCCCAACUCAGCCUGCUGUCUGGCUUACCAAACUAUGCGAAGACCUGCCCACCUCGCCACCCAAGUGUGGCUCGUUACCGCGCAGUUUCCAGAUAAGCCCUAACUCGCAACCAACAAGCGUGACUAAGUCGCGCUUUUUACAACGAGACGGCAAACCAAUGAGCGAGCGACCGUUUACUAUCGCGUCCGAUAAGCCGGCGGAGAUUAAUCUCGAGGACAUGGAGAGAUACGCAUCUACGUGUCAACCAGAGGGCAGAAUCGCCAAGUUUCCUACUACUUCGACGAGUUCUAGUUCAUCAACCUUUUUCUGCUCGCUGGAGGAUACGCGAUUGACUGACGAUGCUUACUCCGACGUGCGUAUGUCUACCACUGACAGCGCGAAUAUUCAUCCAGAUCAUAAGAUCUAUCGGGCGAACGGUAGCAGUGGCAGCGCGAUCUUUCGGAACGUCUUCUUCAAGGCGAGUAGUCGUCUGCAGGGCCGUUUGCGGAAUACUAUGAGCACAGAAACACUCGAAUGCAACGACGAACUCGAGCGGACACGCUACUUUCGCUCAUUGAGUGUCGUAAAUGGCAAGUGUUCGAAGAAGCGAUCUAAACAGACGAAGCAACACGCGAAGGAACCAUCUUCGGAUGCUGAAGAAUUGGUGGGCUGCUCGAGCGUCGGCUCGAUCAGCGAUCAGCGGAUACCCCAACUUUACUACAAGCAAGGCAGUUCCAGUCUCGGCGCCAGAAUCGCCCAGUCGGAUUACGCCGAUCCGACGAUUCUUUUUGCCGAGAAUAAACGCAUUCAGUCCUCUUCCAUUGAUGUCAAUCAAUCAUUCGGCAAGACCAACGAAUCGCGGGAGAGAGAUCGCGAAGAGGAAGAGGAAACAAAUAGCAACAAGGAUGCAGAACGUCGCGAAAGCGAAACAGACAGCUUCUACGAGAGGAGUUUCGAGACCAUCGAGAAUUACGCGGAUGCCGAUACAGACGAGGUAUACCGGGAUAGUGCAAUAUUCAGCGAUGUCGAUGAAGUGUUCGUAAUGCGACAAUCGACGCCAACGACAACGACGACAAAAUCGACGACGUUGGCGAAGGUGAAAAUCGCGCCGCCAAUACCUGCUAAGAGAAAACAAGAAGCGUUCUCGAUGUCAUUGUCAUCAAGAUGCAAACCGAGCGUCGCACAAAAGCCAGAUUAUCUGAAGAUAAAAUCUGUCUUAGGGAAGGGGCACGCUGUCGAUGAUUCGGAAAUCAGGGUCACCACGAAAGUGAACACGAUUUAUCAGUCGCGAGAUGAUUCGCCGAUUAGUUGUAAUCGAAACUCUGAGAUGGAUAGGGACGAUGUCUCAGCAGGACAGAGUCAAGCGGGUUGGGUACGGAAGAUAGUAGGUCAAUUGCAGGGGCACAUCGAGACGUGAUCCGUACUUAUAUAUAUAUAUAUAUAUAUACACACGAAUGAAUAGAGCUAAUUGCGAGAUGAGCCAAUAAAAGUUUCGAGUCAUAGUCGGUUAGUUAUGUGGAUAAAAUGAAGCAAAUGUUUUUAUAAGAAGCAGUUCAUGUUUUAAAUUUAAGAAAUUUAUUGAAUUAUUAAUUUUGUAUGAAGUUGAAGCAAACGAUCUUGUCUAAGAAAGUAUCAUUUAUUCUUAGAUAAGACAUGGACAAACAACUUAGAUAAGACAUGGACACACUUUGUAAAAAUUGGAAAUAAAAAUAGAUAAUUUGAUAAAUAGAGACAUACAGUGAAAAUACCUAUGGAUUUUUCGAUCCAUAAUAAGAUGUUCUUAAUAUCACAAAGUAAAUACGCUUACGUAAUAUUUUCAACGAACUCUAUCUUGUAUGGAGGUAAUUUUCAACAAAAAUAAUUCUCUAAUGUUAUCUUUAUUCCAAUAUUUCUCUAAUAUUACUUUUAUUUCCAAUAUUUUGACCUUUUUAUAGAGGAAAAUAAUAGCGUUUGCUUUGCAUUAUUCAUAUAAUCUUUUGUACUGAAAAAUUUGAGGAUUAACUUUAGUUAAUGUGCCUUCAAUAUGUGCCUACAAGGUAAUUAACGCAACGUGAUACUAUUACUCUAUAAUAAAUUGAUAUCUCUUUAAUGUUUAUGUGCGUAAUAAGCGUAUAGACGUUCAUGAUUAUUUCAUAAAAGCAUAACAAAAUUAUGUCAAUUGUUUUCAAUAUCCUAUAGACUGUUGAAAUGUAUGUUAAAAUAAAUAUUAUUUGAUAUUUUACUUGUACUAUAUAGAGCGUGUAAGAGACAGGAACAGUUUCAAUUGAACAAAACAUUUAAGAAAGUCAUUUAACUUCCAAUUGAAGAAGUCGUCAGUUAAAUUAUAGCUAAAGAAUUUGAAAAUGCAAGUUUCAAACAAAUUUUAUUCCCAAAUACACAUCUUCUACUUUUUACACAAAUAAUUAACUGUGACUACUUCGUACCAAUGAUCAAAUAAAUUUAAAUAAUUAAAAUGUUGACUAGAAAAUAAGAAAAUAGUAUAUAUGCCAGUGUAUAUGCUACCAUAUAACGUGUGUAUAUAAUAAUAUGUUUUAUAUAAAACCUGCCACAACUAUGUAUUCUUCAUUCUCGACCAGGCACUAGACAUAAUUUUCGGGUAAGUAUAAAGUCUAUAAAUGCCAGGAUGCAUCAGGAUAUAAUGGAUUGCAAUGCUACAAAUGUCUUCGACUAUAUAUAUAUUCUUUUUUCCUUUAGAUGGAUUUUAUUGCGGGAAGGUCUAUUUACAGAAAAGUUUGUGAUUGUUCCUAUAGAUACAUCGGAAAAUUAAAUACGUUUACUACACGUAAUUAUAAAUUAUUUUCUCGCAAUACUGUAUUUAUAUAAAAAAUGACUAAAACGAAGACUCGGCGAACGCAAGAUAUAACAUAUGUAUGUAUAAUACGUUAUACACAUUAUAUACAACUUUCGCGUAUAAUUACAGACUUAGUCGCUAG